AUUUAUGGUGUUUGCAUGGUUAUGAGACUUUGGGGGAAAAGAAACGGUGUCGUUUGAGUUGUUUAUAUUACAUUUGAGUGUUUAAUUUUAUUAUGGAAAUGAAUUUUUAAUUGAAUGAAUUAUAAGGACUCUUAAAAGCGCGGCCUUAAAAGCAGGAUAAAAUUUCAGAAAUAAAAUGAGGAUAAAUGAGGACACAUUACUGGAAGGCAGCAAGGUUGUGUUGGUUCCCUACACCUCUGAACAUGUUCCCAGGUAUCACCAGUGGAUGAAGUCAGCAGAGCUGCAGAAACUCACAGCGUCUGAACCGUUAACACUGGAGCAGGAAUAUGACAUGCAGAGAAGUUGGAGAGAGGAUGAAGAUAAGUGCACGUUCAUCAUUCUUGACAAACAGAGAUGGACAGAUCCGAUGAUCUCUGAGGAAGAGUGCAUGGUGGGCGAUGUCAACCUCUUCCUAACCGACCCCAGCGACUCGACGCUGGCUGAGCUGGAGAUCAUGAUUGCAGAGCCUAGCUACAGAGGCAGAGGAUUUGGCAAAGAAGUGACACGCAUGAUGAUGCAUUAUGGCAUCCACAAACUCGGAAUCAAGAAAUUUGAAGUAAAGGUCGGUUUGGAAAACCGGAUCAGCGUAGAUAUGUUCAAGAAGCUCCAGUUCCAAGAGCUCUCUCUCAGUGAGGUGUUUCAGGAAGUGACUCUCGGCCUGACCGUGAGUGAGUCAUCAUUGGAAAAGCUGCUGGGAAGCACGGAUAUAAUGCAAGAGAUACAGUAUGGAAAAACUUGUGACUCUAGGCACAAAGAAAAAGAGUCGUUAAACACUGGAGCUGAGGGGAACUGAGAUUGGAGACUCUUAUUAUUGGUUUAAUAAGCGGCAGAGAGUAAAUGGAGAAGCGGUUCAAGCAUAAUUUAUUAUUCUGCUAAAUGCAUUUCUGAUUGGUUAUAUUGCAAUUUGAAUGCAGUCUUGAUGUUCUGUCCAGGUCUAAAAAAUCCACUGGAGCAAGUGGAACAAAGCAUACAUUAGAUUUCUUGCUCUUUCAAUAUUUGCCUGGUUUAAUUUGCGCAAAAUAAGCAUGUACUGUACAAUCCUUAUAAUCAUGUAUUUUGAUCUUGUCUACUUUUAAGAAGCAUGUUUACACCAUCGAUGUGAAUAUUGUACAAGGGGAAUCAUUUCCUAAAUGCAUCACUUUAAACUUUUAACUUUACAAUCUGAUUGUUCUUCUCAUGUCAUCACAUGUAAAAUAAAUAAGUUGUGUAAAAUAUAAAACAA